AUGUCAAGGCGGCAACUACCCUCUCGGUUUCAGAUUUGCAGAGCUCAUAAGCAUUGGAUCAAAACGUUGCGAGAAGAAACGCUUGGCCAUCAGCGCUCCAGCAGAACUGUCUGCAACUGCAAAGCCUAGCUCCUAAUCUCCCCCACUGCUGCCGUCAGAGUUGCUUCGUGCAGACAAAUUAGCAAUUAAGUUUGUCUGUUGAGUUGUCAUAUAUAGGAGUAGUUUUCGUACAAGAACUGUUGCUGAAAUAUAUGUGUCGAUAUUGUUUUUUAUUGCUUUUUUUCAUUUUGGUGAUGUGUGGUGUGGUGGUGCCUAUAUAAGUGCGCCUAUUCAUAUCAUCCCCUUCUGCAACGACGCACACCAUUUUUCUUUUUCUUGAUACUUUGUACUGGGUGCGUCGUGUUGGUUGCACGCCAUGGAGAUGGGGCGAUCGGGAAAUGGCGGCGGCAAGGCGGUCACCUUCGACGACGCGGUGGCCGGGAGCCGGAACGGCUCCCUCCCGCCUUACCUUGAUUACGCCGGCAACAAGGAUGCCGCGGCGCGGCCGUUGCCGGCGCACGGCAUGGGGAGCCGGCGCCGCACGUACGCUGACGGCGAGCUCGACGUGUUCGCCGCCGAGCGCUACUUCAAGGGCGCAAUGGACGGCGGCAGCGGAGGCGACCGCAAGGAGGCCGUCGCCGCGGCGGCGGUGGAGACAUCCGCCGCGAGGCCGGCGGAGGCCGUGGUGGUGGUGGCUAGGCCGUCCUCGACGCGCGCGUCGACGGUGAGCGCGGCGGCGAGCUCGGUGUCCAGUGCCAACAGCCAGACCGCGCUCUUCCGUGGCGGCGGCCACCAGCGGCGCGGCGGCGGCGGCUCCCCCGACAACAAGUGCUGCGUCCAGGUGGGCGUGUUCAUGCGCACGUGCUCCGGGAAGCGGUCGGUGCGCGUCGCCGGCGGCGCCACCACCAAGGAAGUCCGCGACACCGGCGAGCCGGCGGCGGCGAGCAGGAUCGACUGGUACAGGGAGCUGAGGAUGCAGAAGGCCGCCCUUGGGCUCGCUAGGGACGACGGCAUCAACAGCCAUGGCCCGGUGGCCGUCGGUCUCCCUCUCCCGCCGAGUUUGAAUCUUGGCGGCACGGCAAAAGUGGCAGCCAUCGGGAAGGAGAUGACGGCAUGGGAGGAGAAGGCGGGCGAGCUCACCUGCUCGAGCUCUACGAGGAGGAGCUUCGCUCUCGUGGCUCCGGUCCGAGGCAACGCGCCGGCGACCGGCCGUGUCGUCGGCGACGGUGGCGGAGCUGCAGCAGCAGGCAGAGGUGGUGGCAACGACGAGGACGACGGCGCCGGGAGCGAGUCGAGCUCGGACCUGUUCGAGAUCAAGAGCCUGAUGAUCGACGACUGCCCCUACGAGCCGAGCGAGGCGAGCAUCCAGUGGAGCGUGGUGACCGCGGACGCGUCGGAGCAGCGCGGCGACCGCGCCUCCGGUCGAUGGGCCGGCGGCGGCGGCGGAAGGGGUCCUGUCGUCGCCGGGAGGCAGCACCGGCAGGUGGGGCUGCUCGCGGGGUGCGCCAGCCACCGCGCCGUGGACGUGUCGACGGCGACAAAGGCGGCGGCGAUGCAGCAGCGCGUUGAUGCGUUUCAGAAGGCACGGAAUGGAACCUGACGAUGAUCCUUUGUUUCGCCUCCCGAUUCAAGCCACUGUAACCGUCUGUGUACUUAGGCUGUGUUUAGUUCGCGAAAAGUUUAGAUUUUGGUACUGUAACAUAUUUUGUUGUUAUUUGAAAAUUAAUGUUCAAUUAUAGAAUAAUUAAGCUUAAAAGAUUCA